AUGGUUGAGAUCAUACUGGCCACUGCAUCCUAUGGAAAACCAGAGUACCAGGCAAUUUCUCGCUACAUUGCUGCAUCUGCGGCUUUGAUGGCUUGCUUCACAAUUCUGCUGAUGCCAUUCCGAAAACCUUCACUCCCAGUGAUUGAUAUCAGUACUGUCGGUCAGACACCAUCCAGUGACUUUCGCAGUCCAGAAGACAAUCUACGAUUGUGGCAAUUUCUAACUGUAUCCUGGAUGGCACCCCUGAUCUCCCUCGGGCACAAAAGACAGCUCAAUGAACCAGAUGUCUGGCUCUUGGGUUUCGAGUUCCAACACAGUCGGCUUCACGAGAAAUUUCGCCGGAUUCGUGGGUCCGUUCUUCGCCGGGUACUGCAGGCGAACGGACUCGAUGUACUCAUCAUCUCUGUGAUUGCCGUCGUGCAGAUGAUUUGCACCUUCUCCACGCCGGUCCUCCUGCAGCAACUUUUGCAAGCUAUGCAGGACCCAACUAAGCCAAAGCGUGUCCCCCUGACGUAUGCAGUUCUUGCGCUUGUGCUUCGUCUGGUGGCCGCGCAGUCUCAGGUGUUGAAUUUGUGGUAUGGAAGACGAUGCUACGAGCGAUCUAGAGGUGAAAUGGUCAUGAUGGUCUACGAAAAAGCCCUUUCGCGCAAGAAUAUACUUGGCUUGCAUGUUGCAGGUGAACAAAAGCAGCCAGGCGGAGAAGAGACCAUCGAGGGUGAUCCCACUAUCAACGAGGUUGAAGUUCUGCCCACCACCAAGCCGGGUUUCUGGGGCCGUUUGUUCUCUGUCAAGCGGAAGCCGCAACUAAAGAAACCCAAGGAGGCUGCUACAUUGGGUAAAAUUUUCAAUCUGCUUCGUGGCGACGUCUACGAUGUGGCACAGCGAUUCUGGGAGAUCGAUGUUUUAAUCGACAAGCCUCUGGGCUUGGUCAUCGCCGUUGUUCUCGUAUGGACACUCUUCGGACCGUCUUGUUUCCUGGGCAUACUAGCAGUCUUGAUUGCCCAAGCUCUGAACGCCGUCAUUACUCGAUUCCUCCUUCGACGGGAACGACUGACACGAGCUGCUACCGAUGCUCGUUUGCAGAUCACAUCCCAAUUUGUGGAAGCGAUUCGGCAUCUUCGGUGGUACGGCUGGCAAGACCACUGGCUUAGACAAGUAAUGGAAGCUCGCCAACACGAGCUGAACAGGCGAAUCAUUACCAAAUUAUGCACUACUUCGAUUAACUUCAUCAACGCUUUUGCAAGCGGUGUCUUCCCCGUGGUUGCUCUGUACGCAUACACUAUGUUAGCUGGUCAUGAAUUGCGCAUUGAUAUCAUCUUCCCUGCCCUGCAACUUUUCACCAUGCUCGAGACACGCUUGCGUGAAAUCCCAAGUCUGAUUACCGCACUCAUCAAUUCUUCUAUUGCACUUGGUCGUAUCGAAGACUUCAUGGCAGAGCCAGAUAAGGAGCAAUUUGAGCCCGAGCAACGACCAGAUGAGACACCAUUUCGACUUGAUUCAUGUUCAUUCGCAUGGCCUGGAAAAUUAUCACCAGUACUGAGAGACAUCAAUGUGACCAUCCCAAGAGGGCUUACCGUUGUGAGUGGAAAGGUCGGAGCCGGAAAGACGGCUUUCCUUCAAGCACUGCUUGGGGAACUCGAUCGUCUCAGGGGUUCCUGCCGUCUACCCAACCAGACUAUCGGAUACUGCGCACAAACACCAUGGCUACAGAGCAUGAGCAUUCGUGACAAUAUUCUCUUCUCUGCUCCGUAUGAGGAACAGCGUUACAAGCGGACUCUAGACGCCUGUGCUUUACUUCCGGAUCUAUCCCAAUUCAAGCAUGGCGACUUAACCUUUAUCGGUGAAAAUGGGGUUGGUCUCUCCGGAGGGCAAAAGGCACGAGUGGCGCUUGCUCGGGCGGUAUACAGCGCUUCGCGCGUGCUGCUCCUUGAUGACCCACUCUCAGCUUUGGACCACAAUACGGCCGAGUUCGUGGUUCGCAAAUGUCUCUCUGGGCCGUUGAUGCAGAACCGCACAAUCGUCUUGGUGACACAUCGUACUGCACUAGUGCGCGAUAUCGCUGACCAGAUCAUUGAAAUUGACGAAAGCCGUGCAAUCGUUCACAGUAAGGCUGCUCUCUCGGCAUCUACUAAGAGAGAUGGAAUUGGUCUUCUGCUAAAUCUGAACGACUCUGAGACCGAAACUGAUGAAGCCAAUGAAGAUGAAGAAGCUGCUGCAGUUCCAGAUAAAUUCUUCGAAGAAGAGCACCGCGCAGAAUGGGGUGUCAAGGCUCGUGUUUAUUGGAACUAUAUCAGGGCCGGCAAGUAUCGAUGGUGGGCUCUCCUGGUAUUGGUUCUCGCAAUCUACCGACUCAUGGCUGUUGGACAAUCGUGGUUCCUCAAAGAAUGGGGUGAAGCCUAUAGCCAAGUAUCCCUGUCAAACAGUCAUCUGUCAGUCUGGCAAAGUCAUUCUGUGCAAACAUCACUGUUUUCGAUGUCAGGCGUCGAUGCGUAUUUCAUACCACAAAAUCCCAUCAACCAGCUGCCAUCUCCACACGAGGAUGUUCGUCCUUGGCUAUGGACGUUCUUCGGCAUCAUCUGCUUCCAGGCAGCGGCCGUUCUGGUCUCCCAACUAUUGAUGCUGGUCAUUGUCUACUGCGCCGGCAGGACACUCUUCCACCAGGUAAUGGUUCGGGUUAGCCAUGCCUCAUUCCGCUUCUUCGAUGUGACUCCUGUGGGCCGGUUGAUGAACCGCCUCACUUCGGACAUUAGCGUAGUGGACGGCAACAUUAGUGCACAGUUCCAAACAAUUGCAUUCUAUGCAAUCACAUGGAUCUCUUCGAUAUUGGUCAUUGCCACGGCGACCCCUACUUUUCUCGUCUUCUCAUUGAUACUGACGAUUGCCUUCGUGCUUAUUUUCCUUCGAUUCCUGCCAACAUCGCAAAGCCUCCGGCGACUUGAGAUGGUGUCGUUGACUCCGCUCUUAUCCAACUUUGGGGAAUUGCUGCAUGGUCUGACUACCGUGCGCGCAUUCCGUGCGGAAGAACGCUUUCAAAAUCGGGUCAUCUCUGUGGUUGACAAGUUCCAGGGCAUGGAUCACUUCUAUUGGUCAUUACAGGCAUGGCUCAUGUAUCGAUUCGAAAGUCUAUCUGCGCUUUCAACCUUCUGCCUGACUGUCUUGGCUCUCUACACAAACACCACACCUGGACUGGUAGCCUUUGUGCUCAUCGCAGCCAAUAAUUUCGUCGACUCCACGCAUGCUUUGUGCAAGCAGUACGGUCAAUUACAGAUGGAUUUCGUGUCUGUUGAACGUAUUGACGAGCUCCUCCAUAUCGAAGAAGAACCAAAAGGCACGAUCGAUCCUCCAGCGGCAUGGCCAACAUACGGCAGCGACGUCACCUUUGAAAACGUCACCCUUCGAUACGCCCCACACCUCGAUCCAGCUCUGAAAGAGAUCUCCCUCCAGAUCCCCGGCGGGUCUACCACCGCGGUCAUCGGCCGAACGGGAAGUGGCAAGUCUACACUGGCCGUAUCACUCCUCAGUGUCGUCCGACCCGAAACUGGCCGCAUCCUGAUCGACGGCAUCAACAUCGCCGACGUGAACACCCAAGCCCUCCGCACAAGAGUCACCUUCGUCGCCCAGGACCCCGUCCUCUUCCCCGGCAGUGUCCGUCUCAACCUCGAUCCCACAGAGGAAUUCUCCGAUCAACAGUGCGCGGACGUCCUGGAACGACUCUGCGGCCGUCAUGGAUGGAAUCUUGAGACACACAUUGAAGCGGGAGGUAAAAACCUUAGUCAGGGUCAACGCCAGCUCAUCGCUCUUACACGUGCUGUCCUUCGACGCAGUCCGGUUGUGAUUCUUGAUGAGGCUACUGCUUCGAUUGAUCAUGAGACUUCUCUUGAGAUUCAGCAGAUUAUUCGUGAGGAGCUACAGUUAUCGACUGUUAUUACUAUUGCGCAUCGGGUUGAGGCUGUGAAGGACGCGGAGUAUUUUGUGGAGCUGGACCAGGGGAGGGUCUUGAGAUACGGGAGUGUCCGAGACUUGUAG